AUGCGACCACCUUUGCUCCUCCCGCUAUUCGGGAUUCUAGUCCCAUCGAGCGCCCUCUCAACGGCCCCAAACGUGCCAAUUAAGAAUGCAAAUCACAUUUUCAAUGUGAUCCAAGACUCAAUGCGCCAGUGGGGAUCGUCUCUGCACCACAACGGCGUGUCGUUCUUCCUCGCGGGUGUUCCCGCCGGUACACAAUUCUACCACGGGACCUCCAAAGCCAGCCCGGUUAAUGGCACCGAGUGGUUGGCGUUUGAGCCCGAACAUGCCAUGGUCUUCGCCCGGCCGCGACGCGGUCCCCCACCGCACCUACCACCCGACGAGGCUGAUACCGAGCGACAGGAUGGAGGCCAUGGCGAGCUGCGGAAGCGAAAGGAUCAUGGCACAGAUGAGAAACAUCACGGCCCGCCGGGUGAUCACCCGCCGAAGGCAUUCGAUGAGAAUGAGGCGGGGUAUUUGCAUACGUAUGCUGCAGCCAAGGAUCUCCGCCUUUUAUAUAUUGAUGGUAUGUCUGCUGCCAAGACACCGAAGGGCACCCUUGAUUCUCAGGAUGUGGUUUUAUUCAACGGCUCGUUUGGAGAUCCUCCCGGCCGGCGUGGACGAGAGAGCGAACGCGCCAGACUGGCCUGCGAGAUGGCCGACAACGAAUGGGAGGGUCGCAUUGACGGUGUGCUGCGCAUGGAGGCUGGAUUUGAGAUUAUCCUAUGUCACUUCGAGCGCGAUCUAAACCCCGUUCGAAUCACGCAGGUCAAGCAACACCCUGAGGAGCGACGUGGGCACCAGGGUAACCGUAAGCAUGGUGACCGGGAUGGUCCUCACAAAGAGGGUGAUGGCAAGCACCACAAUGGUUAUGGACCAAAGAAGGAGGACGAUGGGAAAGGGCACGGACCUGGUGGACCUGCAAAAGGGCCCGAUUCGUCGCGGUGGAUGCGCGCAAUCACCGCCCGCUAUAACGGAAUCGGUGGAAACCGAGUUUCGCUGAACUUCAAUCACUUUGUGACAGCCUUCUCCCACAACAUAGACCUCUUCCAAGACAAUCCAACCCUCCCCCGACUUACCAGCAUCUCUCCCGAGGAGCGCGCUGUCCUCCUUGCUGAAAUUACCGAUCUUAUCAUGACACAUCAACCUGCCGAUACCUCCGAGGAUUGGCAAGCGAUUACAGAUAUGAUUGUGACUCGAUACAGCAACGACCUGUCAUACCUUGCUUCCGGUAGUAUCGAUUCGAGCGAGCGCCUGCAGUCCGAGAUUGAGCGUAUUCUGUCUCCUUUCAUCGAUUAUGAUGAACGAGAUGAUGUCGCGGAAGUUGAGCGCUGUGCCACACAGUUCUUACCGCCGAUUUCAUCAGAAAACGGGGGCAUCGCAGCAAAUGCUGUUCACGGUGUUGCUCGGAAAAUCUGCUCAUCUUUGGUUGAGGCUGGGAAGAAGCAGGAUCUUAGUUCUGCGAUGCAGACUAUUCAAAACUUGGUUGUUUAUCUCGAUUGGGCGACGUGGAAGGAGUGCAGGGGUUGUGCGGCGAAUGAGAUUUGUGUCGUGCCUAUUUGGCCGAUGGGUACAGUCCAGGACUACAAUAGCCCUGAGUGCAAGGAUGCAUCAAACCCGUAUGAUCAGGGUGGAGAGAGUUACUGGGGUGGAAUGCAGCACUGA